AUGGAUAUCCUGUUGGCUCAAGAAAACGAGGAUAAACCCGAGAUUUCCAUCUACUACCUGAGCAAGAGAAUGACUGUGUACGAAUUGAACUAUUCAACACCCGAGAAACGAACACUAUUAUCACCUAGAUUCGCUAAAUGGAUGAUGAUGAUCUCCGAAUACGACAUCACGUAUACAGUUCAAAAAUCUAUUAAAGGAAGCAUUGUCGCAGACUUACUAGCAGAUCAACCUAUCACAGUCGAGCCUUCUUUUGAACUCGACUUUCCUGAUGACUCCAUAAUAUCUAUCUCAUCAGACACAUGUAAAUUAAUGUUUGAUGGUGCCUCCUUCAAACAUGGCUACGAAAUUGGAAUUCUCUUAAUAGAUCCCAAGAGAACCUACAACCCCAUCUAUAUUCAGUUAGAAUAUUCUGUAACCAAUAAUGAGGUUAACGGAACAUGGCAAGUACGAGGAGAAAAUCUCAAACCCUAUCCCACUUGCCUACUCCGUUUCAUCAACAAGUUCGAUCACGUGUCUUUUGUACACACCCCAAGAAGCCAAAAUCUCUUUGCCGAUGCUUUGGCCAUGCUAGCACUUAUGACCCAAAUUCUUGUUGGAAUUAAGGUCAAACCUCUGAAGAUCCGUCCGAAACGGAAAUCCGAUUUCGAAGUCGGAGUGGUAGCCUCCGUUCAAGUUCCCACCAAACUAUGGUUCGAUAUCCUUCAAAACUACACUGUGUAUGGAGAAUAUCUGUCCCACUUCCGAGCUAAGGAACGAAGAGCCGUACGCCAGUAUUCCAAAAACUAUGAUUGGAUAGCUAACUGGCUAUACAGACGAUCUUUUGAUGGUCAAUACAUGCUCUACGUUGAUUGUCCUGAGGCACAACGGAUCCUAGAAGAAGUACACGCAUGUGUAUGUGGUCCACACAUGAAUGGACUAGCCCUUGCUAAGAAAAUACUUUGUCUCGGAUAUUAUUGCAUGACAUCACCAUUGCCCUUUUCGACAUGGGGCAUUGAUUUCAUUGGGAAAAUCUAUCCCCAUGCUUCCAAUGGACAUGAGUUUAUUCUCGUAGCCAUCGACUAUUUCUCUAAAUGGGUCGAGGCAUCAUUUUAUAAGAUCCUCAAGUCUACUCAGGUAGCAAAAUUCAUUUGUAUUAACAUCAUAGCUAGGUACGGAGUACCUCAUGCUAUUAUCUCGGAUAAUGGAAGACACUUCCAAGGAAAGGUUCUAUCCAUUCUCAAAGAAUUCAAGAUUGAACAUCACAAAUCUUCACCCUAUACACCCCAAACCAACGGCGCGGUCGAACAACCCAUUGAGAUUGAGAUCCCCACAUUGAGUCCUAUUGGAAUCUCAUGUCGCUGA